GCCCAAUAAACGAGAGAUGAAGAAUCUGAAACUAGUGAUCUGAUUGGUUGAGGGAAAAAGCUGUAGCCUGGAAGACACGUGUCACUAACCCAAAACUACCUUAUCUUCUGUCGCUCCUCAAUUCGGGGAAAAUCGAAGACACUGUGACACUCUAGCACCUUCAGUUCCGUACAACAAUGGCUCUCCAAGCUGCCUAUUCUCUUCUUCCUUCUACCAUUUCAAUCCAAAAAGAGGGCAAAUUCAAUGCUUCUCUAAAGGAGACGACUUUUACUGGUUCUUCAUUUUCAAACCAUCUUAGAGCUGAAAAGAUAUCCACCCUGUUGACCAUCAAGGAACAGAGAAGACAGAAACCGCGAUUUUCCACCGGUAUUCGUGCACAGACAGUUACAGCCACGCCGCCGGCAAACGAAGCAUCGCCGGAGCAAAAGAAGACUGAGAGAAAAGGCACUGCAGUGAUCACUGGAGCUUCGUCUGGUUUAGGUUUAGCUACGGCCAAAGCUUUAGCAGACACAGGGAAAUGGCAUGUGAUCAUGGCUUGCAGGAACUUUCUCAAGGCCGAGAAGGCAGCGAGAUCUGUUGGAAUGUCCAAGGAAGAUUACACAGUGAUGCAUCUUGAUCUUGCUUCGCUUGAAAGCGUGAAGCAAUUCGUUGAAAAUUUCCGGAGAACAGAACAACCACUCGAUGUUCUUGUCUGCAAUGCCGCGGUUUACCAACCAACUGCUAAAGAGCCUUCUUUUACAGCUGAAGGCUUUGAGAUAAGCGUUGGAACCAACCAUCUCGGUCACUUUCUUCUCUCAAGAUUGCUUCUUGAUGACCUGAAAAAAUCUGAUUAUCCAUCAAAACGUAUGAUCAUCGUAGGAUCUAUAACAGGAAACACAAAUACUUUGGCUGGGAAUGUACCGCCAAAGGCAAACCUUGGAGACCUAAGAGGCUUAGCGUCAGGAUUGAAUGGGCAAAACAGUUCAAUGAUAGAUGGAGGAGAGUUUGAUGGAGCAAAGGCUUACAAAGACAGCAAAGUAUGCAAUAUGCUGACAAUGCAGGAGCUUCACAGACGUUACCACGAGGAAACAGGAGUCACGUUUGCUUCUCUUUACCCUGGUUGCAUCGCUACAACAGGGUUGUUCAGAGAACACAUACCGCUGUUUCGGCUUCUUUUUCCGCCUUUUCAAAAGUAUAUCACCAAAGGUUACGUAUCUGAAGAGGAAGCUGGCAAAAGACUAGCACAGGUUGUGAGUGACCCUAGUCUUGGGAAGUCAGGAGUGUAUUGGAGUUGGAACAAUAACUCGUCUUCGUUUGAGAAUCAGCUUUCUAAAGAAGCAAGUGAUGCGGAGAAGGCAAAGAAACUGUGGGAGGUUAGCGAGAAGCUUGUUGGUUUGGCAUGAACUCAAGAUUUUUGAUAUGCAAAUUCAUAUAGAUUACUAUGUUUUGUGACAUGUACAAUAAGUAUGAUCAAUCAGACUAAUCAUUCGAAUGCAUUUCAAUAGAGUUAAUCAUCGAAUUCGAAUCUGAAGACACUUACAAUUAGACUGAUGAUUCGUAGAUUGCUCCAUAGUUGAGAUGGGGACAUGAAUCGUUACUGUUGUUGAGACACGACCAACGAACUGCAUCGUAAUCCCGAGUAAAAUUUAACCGAUAAGAGUCUUCGGUCUUAGAGAAUCUAACAUCUUUCUUCUCUCUUCGAGAAUUACCCGAUGAUCGGAAUUACAAAACGGUUAACACCGGCGAGAAUUGGUGGGAUAUCAUGUCGUGGAUCUUUUCUAGUGUGCCUUUUCUCUAACACGUCGUCG